AUGUCAUUCAGAAAGAGAGGUGACGUAAUUGGAGGUGCUCCAACCGCAAAUAGACCUUCCCCUGGUAGUACAAUUCCAGGUAGAUCUCCAGGCCCAAUGGUCCCAGGUAGAUCUCCUGUCCCUGCUCCCAUCCCAGGUAGAUCCAUUGGAGUAGUUCCAGGUAGAGCACCCGGUUCAAUUCCAUCAUCUGUUGCAGGUAGAUUACAAACCAGAGGAUCACAAACUCCAGAAGUUGAAGAAACUAACGAACAAGAAAUCACAAAUCUACUUUUGAAAAAUCCGGGAAUUAGACCAUCACUCAUCUCAUCUCAACCUACUACUUCCACAGGCACGGCGGAUUUAGAUAAACGAUUGUUACAUCAGGGAUUACCCAUUGGACAUUCAUUAUUGGUUGAAGAGUCGGGUACUACUGAUUUCUCUAGUGUUUUAUUACGAGCAUUUGCAUCUCAGGGGAUCGUGCAUAAUCGAGUUUCCGAUAGUGGUGGUGGUGUUGCACAUGUGAUUGUGAUUGGGAUGUCUCCACAAUGGUCAAAUGAACUUCCUGGAUUAUAUAAGGGGUCAUCAAAGGAACAGAAGAAGAAAAAGAUUCUUGAAAAUGAAUCAAAAGUGAGUGUUUCUAAUUUAUCUAAUGCUCCAACUACUGGUAGAAUUGAUCCAAGUUUGAAGAUUGCUUGGAGAUAUGGUCUUAAUAAAAAGCCGGAUUCAAGCGAAUCAGUGGAAGGCACUGGUGGAAGUUCCACAGCUUAUGAGAAUUAUAAUCAUCAAUUUGAUAUAACUACAAAAUUAACCCCCGGGCCAAAUCCUCAAGAUAUUUCAUAUGUCCCCAUUGGAAUAAGUUUCAAUAAGAUAAUUAUUCAAAUCACAUCCAUAAUCAAAACCCAAAUCAAAUCAAAUCCCGCUAAAGUUAUAAGAAUAGUCAUACCUGGACUCUUAAACCCAUCACUCUAUCACCCCACUACAACAUCUUCAACCUUCAUAUUCCCCUUCAUCCAUUCCUUAAGAGCAUUAUUACGUCAAUAUCAUAAUAAUUUAGUAUUAAUGUGUUCAAUUCCACUUGAUUUAUAUCCUCGUGAAACUAAUUUACUUGGAUUUUUGGAAACUCUUUUUGAUUCAGUUAUUCAUCUACAACCAUUCAAUCAAGAAAUGACACAAUUGUUAGAAAGAGCUUAUAAGAAUGAACCAUCCAAAGUACAACAAGGAUUAGUCAAUAUUAUUAAAUUACCAAUCUUGUCUGAAAAGGGAUUAAUGAUGAUUCAUGAUGGUGAAUAUGCGUUUAAGAAUGGGAGAAAGAAGUUUGAGAUUGAAGAAUGGGGGAUUCCGGUUGAAGAUGAUGAUGGUAAUAAGGAUGAGAAUUCGACUCCUGAAGGAGGGAAAACUACCAAGAAUAUUGAUUUUUAA